CUACAGUCACCACAUAUGGUGAAACAUGCCCACAGAACAUUUCUCUCAGCUACUGACUGUUUUGCCCAGGUUGUGGAUCCAGGAAAACUGACUUCCUGUGCAGUAUCCCAGCUGGAGGACUGAUGAUUAUUCAAAGAGUGGUGUUGAGUUCACGCCCUGGCGUCAAUGGCGUGCCAGUUGCAGAAAACUUCCGUAUGGAAGAAGCCACUCUACAGGAUAAAGUGUCAGAGGGUCAAGUAAAAGUUCGUACACUUUAUCUAUCUGUGGACCCCUAUAUGCGUUGUCGUAUGAAUGAAGACUCUGGUUCUGAUUACAUUCAGGCUUGGAAGUUGUCUGAAGUUGCCAGUGGUGGAGGAAUUGGUGCUGUGGAAGAAAGCAAAGAUCCCUCAUUUUCUGUAGGAGAUUUUGCAACUUCCUUUAACUGGCCUUGGCAGACUAAGGCCAUUAUAGAUGGAAAGCAGCUUGAAAAGAUUAAUCCACAGCUCAUAGAUGGGCAUCUUUCCUACUUUUUGGGUGCAGCUGGCUUGACUGGGCUGACUGCUUUGUUAGGAAUAAGAGAGAAAGGACACGUGACACGGGGUGCUAACCAAACAAUGGUUGUCAGUGGAGCUGCUGGUGCCUGUGGCUCAUCGGCUGGGCAGAUCGGCUUCCUUGAGGGUUGUUCCAGAGUGGUUGGCAUCUGUGGAAGCAAUGAAAAAUGCUCUAUUUUGGUCUCGGAAAUGGGGUUUGAUGCAGCUAUCAACUAUAAAGAAGGGGAUGUCGCGCAACGGCUGCGUGUGCUUUGCCCUGAUGGAAUAGAUGUGUACUUUGACAAUGUUGGUGGAGACAUCAGUGAUGCAGUGAUAGCUCAAAUGAAUCCAAAUAGCCAUAUCAUUUUGUGUGGGCAGAUCUCCCAGUACAACAAAGAUGUGCAUUAUCCUCCUCCACUCCCUCCUGCAAUAGAGGAAAUAAAGAAAGCACGGAACAUCACUAGGGAAAGAUUUGUAGUUCUAAACUACAUGGACAAAUAUGCAGCUGGUACUUUGCAGCUUUGUCAGUGGAUCAAAGAGGGAAAACUGAAGGUUAGAGAGACAGUUGUGAAAGGUUUGGAAAACAUUGGAGCUGCUUUUCAAUCCAUGAUGCGUGGAGACAACAUUGGAAAACAGAUCGUGCAUGUUUCUGAAUAAAAUAAAUAUUUGUAUUGUACUGUUAUGGAGAAAAAGCAACUACUUGUAGCAGUCAGGCAUUACCUUCUUGCUAAAGGUGCUACUUACAUUAAUUGACUGGAGACUAGAGACUGAAUACUAUACCCAUAUUUUUAAUGCAGAGUUAAUAAAAAUUAGUCAACUUGUUUUUGUGUUUUCACAAUGUGUAUGUUGUGUAUGAUUUUAUUGUGUAUGUUUUAAUUUGUUAGCUGCUUUGGAGGCCCUUUUGAGAGCAGAAAGGCAGGAUAUAACAUUUGUAAAAUAAAAAAAAUAUUAACACAUAAGUCCAGUUUGACUCUGGAUCUCUGUCCAUUUCCACAUGGGUUAUCUGUCCCUUUUUCAAGACAUUUGUCUGAUCCAUUUCUUCCAGGACAGGCCUAUUUCCAGAGUUAAAAGCCUUCUUAAAUAAUUCAGUUUUGCAAAAAGCCAAAAGAGGGAGCUAUCCCAGUCCCUUCAGGCAGCCAUUCCAUAAGGCAGGGCCUUAUAUUGCAGCUGGCAUCUAGAUAAGAGCAUAUUUGAGCUGCUUUAGCAGCAAAAUUUUUUGCAAAGGUAUCACAACUAAUUGUUUGUUCCUGAGCCAGUACACAUUCAGAUUUAGGAGUCAGAAGAUGUCAAGAUACCUUAAACAAUUGGGAUGGUUGUGAACCAGCUGGUGCAACGGUUGCCAAGAAAUAAUGUUUUUUUGCCAAGUUUUCCUCCAACAUCUUUCUACACAUCUUCCAGUUCUCUUUAGAUCACCCAGCUCCAUAGUAAACCACAGGGCUGGCUUCUACCACAGGGGUGGGAAAGGAUGACAAGAAGCAAUCUUGUUAAUGGCUUCAAGGAGUUCCGAAGGUUCCACAGCCACCUCAACAAAGCAUGUGCAUGGAAUUCUAAAAUCUCUCAGAGCAUUUUGGAAUACAGAAAGAUCCAUGAGCAUCCAUGGACAGACCAUCUUGACAGGUCCACCCUUUUUGCUGGGUGUCAGGAUGACUGUAAGCACCCUUGUCUUCAGUAGGCAAUGGUCAGACCAUGGUUCAAGAUGAAUUGCGAGUCCUGAAACAGUACCUCUCCUCAAAGACUCAGUGCAAAAAAUUAAGUCCAAGGUGUAUCCUUUCAUGUGUGGAGUCUGUUGUUACUGCCCAGGACUGCCAAGGAAGCAAUUAAAUCCUGGGCUGGACCUGAUGUGGAACAGACACUCAGUCUAGGUACCUCCAGCACCACGUCCAAAAUUACCUCUGCCAGCUCCAAGAGGGUGCUUACUAGAUGGCCAGUAGACAAGCAGAAUACCUUAUCUGUCAUUAGUUCCCAGUGUUAAGAAACGUACAGUAAAUGCCAACUAGUUUGUAUUGAGAGUCUGCAGAAAUUGAAAGGCUCAUGAAGCAUAAUGGCAGUUCCUUCUUCUCAGCCUCCAGUGUGGAGUUGGUAGAGAACUACAUGAUCAAGUGGAGUUAGGACAGACAUACCGUGUCAUUUCCCCCUCAACUACAACUCUGUUCUGCAAGACAGAUUGAUUCCCUCUUCCCUCAGCAACCCAAUGAGGUGUGCAGUUUUGAGCCUUGCUGAUCUGGCAUUGCAAAGUAUUAGUGAAGGGGAGUGGGAAACUGGGUGUCCUGCAUCAUCAUCAUCAUCUCAGGAUGCUAUGGAGAUUAGAUAGGCAGUGAGCAUCUUUGCCAGAUAUUGACCUUUUUUGAUAAGCCCGACCUCUGUAUCUACCAGCUUCCACCUGUUACGGAAUGGUGCAGUCUUCAUAUACCCUGUUCCAGGUAGAGAUUGCCUCGCAACCACAAUGAUAUAACACAGAUACUUCACAAUCAACAUAUUACUGUCCACAGAUAGCCAUACAACAGUCCUGACCUGCAGUAGUAUUGAUGUUAUUGUAGUCUGUCAGGUGGUGUUUCCAUGCCAGCUGCACCAGGACUAAAGUACAUAACUGGGGGAGCUCUCCGUCUUCUAUAGCUAGCAGGGGAGGAGUUCUUGAAGUUGUGUUCAGUGACUGGGCCUUUUUCCUCUUGCCGUUUAGCUCAUGCCAAGAGGCUUGUGCCUCAGAUGAGGGGCUGGCCUUUUGAAAUUCAGAGAGAUGCUCACUUUUGCAAGACAAAAAGUAGAGAACAAGUUGUGAUAUUCUCUUCUGCCUUCUUCCCUCGCAACUGCCAAUAUGUUCCACCUGAGUACAUCUCACUGAUAUCCCACUUCUUAACUUGAUCCCUAGUCUCAUAAUCCAAGCUUGUGGGACGUUAGCAGUUACUUUCAAACUCUGCAAUAGAUUUCAAGUUUCAACCCUAAGUCCACCCCUGUCCCAGCAAAAUCACUGCCUCCAUGUUGAUAUAUUUAAAGGUGCAUAAAAAACACCCUUCAGAUUUCCUACCUUUCUAGGUGGUUUCUGGGUCUUGCUGGUUACCCCAGCGUCACCAUUUGUCUACUUCUUUACUCUUGCGGAAAUAACUGAACCUUGCCACCUUGGACUCUAACUGCUGGCUUUCUGGAUCCAAGCCUGCUUCUGCAACCUGAUGGCUGGUUCACUUUCUGGACCCCUACUCUUGGAUGAAAUCAUUCAUCUUUACCCUCCUUUGAACCCUGGUACUUCAUCCCCAGACCAGCUUUUUACCACCCACUUCUGGACUGGACACCCAUUUGUUCUCUUCAAGCUCAAGCUCACGUUUUCUUUCCCCCCUUUAUUCCCCCAAAGCACCACUGGCUUACAUAACUGCUAGCCAGUCCUCCUUUUCCAGGUUUUUCACUAACAACAGCUCAUAGGCAGGUCAGCUUAUGUAAAAGUGUUGCAUUUGUUUAGCGUACAGUCUUAUUUUGUUAUUUCUUGCCUUUCUGUUCUCUAUCUUGUUAUGGGAAUAAAGAUCUUCCUUAUUUAA